AUGGCUUAUGAAAGAAAAUUUGAAGAACUGUCAAAGUAUGCUCCGCAUAUGGUGGCUACUGAGGAGCUGAGGGCUGAACAGUUUGAGCAAGGAUUGAGGCCUGAUGUUAGAAAAGCAGUGGCUACAUUUCAGUUGAAGACUUACACUGAGGUCAUUCAGAAGGCCCAGAUCUAUGAAGUAGUUGACAAAGGGAACACCCAACCUGAGGGUGAGACUCUGAAGAAAAAGUUCAAGCCAUAUAACUUUAAAGGAAAGUGGGUGACAAACCAAAAGAAGAGAUCCCAAGAUAAGGGAUCCAGAGUGGAAUGUCUCAAGUGUGGCAAGAGCCACAAGGGAGAAUGCUUGAUGGGUACAACAACUUGUUUCAAGUGUGGUAAGAGUGGACACUAUGCAAGAGACUGCAAGUCUGGUGGUGGUUACCAAUGGCCUGAGAAGACUGAGCAUAUUGGCAAGAAAGUGAUGGAAAACCAGAAACAAAAGACUCCUGGAAGAGUUUAUACUUUGACUACCAAGGACGCUGAAGUUUCACCUUCAGUGGUAGCAGGUAUAAUGAGUGUUUCUGGUAUGCCUGCCUAUGUCUUAUUUGAUUCGGGGUCUACGCACUCUUUUGUUUCUUAUGAGUUUGCCAGUAUGAUGGAUGUGGAACCCAAGAAUAUGGAUUGUCCGUUGUGUGUGUCUACACCUUCUGGACAUGUUAUAGAGACUGAUGUGAUCUAUGAGUUAUGUGCUAUAGAUAUUAAUGGGAAGAGACUUGAGGCCAACCUAGUGUUACUAGAUAUGAAAGGCUUUGAUGUAAUACUAGGGAUGGAUUGGCUGACAACUUAUCAUGCCAGUGUGUUAUGUUUUGAAAAGUUGGUGGUUCUAAGACCAAUUGGUGAACCAGAAUUUAAAAUUUCUGGAGUUAAGAUUGGAGCACCACCAUCAAUGAUGAUUUCUGCUUUACAAGCUAGGAAGUUGCUAAGGCAGGGUUGCCAAGGAUUCUUGGCAGCAGUUCAUGACACUACAGCCAAAGAAUUGUUGAUAACUGAUGUACCUAUAGUGUGUGAUUUUAUAGAUGUCUUUCCGGAGGAUUUACCUGGAAUACCUCUAGACAGAGGGGUAGAGUUCGGUAUUGAACUUUUACUCGACACGGUGCCGAUUUCAAAGGUACCGUAUAGGAUGGCUCCUAUUGAGUUGAAGGAAUUGAAAGAGCAAUUACAAGAGUUACUAGACAAGGGUUUUAUUAGACCAAGUGUUUCCCCCUGGGGAGCUCCAGUGCUUUUUGUAAAGAAGGAUGAUGGGCAAAAUGUGUAUUCUAAUGCUUUUGAUGGCAAUUACGACACACUAGUUGCUGCUCUUAACAGAAUUGGAUAUGGUCAGAUGCCCAUUUCCAAGAGUGAUGGUGAACAAAUCAGAGGGGAUAUGGGUGUAGUUGAUCAUUAUAAACAUUCUCAAACAAAGAAGGAGAGUUCAUUGCAUGUUUCACUGUCCAUAGAGGACCUGUAUGGCAUUUGUAAGUCACUCAAAGAUGGGUUCCAAAACCAUGGAUUUCGCAAUCCAAGGUGCAUUCCAAUACCAUGUAAUGUGGCAAAGACAUGCAUGAUCAACAUUACUGCCGAUUCAGAGAGGACAUCACCUUUCAGUCAGCCUUAA